CUCUAUAUCUACACCUCUUGACUUAGCAGAGGUGUUGGAGAACUUGAUAUCGGGAUUUCCAGGAAUUGGGAAGUAGGAAACACAUUGGAAGAGCUGUGUACAAUUACUACGACCAAUUGCCAAUUUCCACAGAGUUGCCCAACUCCAAAGCAAUCGACAUCGCUCAUCUCGGGGUAUAUCGAACCCCAGGUAAAGAGGGGAACAAUGUCUCACAACCGCCCAUCCAGACGUCCACUACCACACGAAGCAAAUUGGUCUCCUACUCGCCGCUCUCGACCUCGAAAAUCACAGACUGCGCCCAGUGUUCCCCUUCCCCCGUCUCCACCCAAUCCGAUCAAACAUCGUGGACGUCCAGCAACCUCACGAUCCCGGCCCCCAAGUCCCCCCACAACACCCCCGCGACGGAUCGUUAAACGAAUAAGUGAUAAACAGACCUACAACGACGACGACGACGACGACUAUGAGGACCCAGAAGAAGAAGAAGAAGAAAACGAUGACGACAAUGGCGAUCAUAUCAAUCCCCAAGGAAAACCCCUCCCAGGAGACUCAUGGUCGUUGACUAAAUACAAAUCGCCGAACUACCACAAAGAUUCAACAUAUUACAUGUCUGCGCUUUCCAGGAGCGAGCAUUCGGACCUAAAGCUGGAUUAUAUUGCCCCCAGGUCGAAUGCCACUACCUAUUCCUUUUCCACGCCUGUGACUUCCACUUCAGUCGCUGUAGCGACGAAGGCCGUAUCAGGAACCAACGGCCCAAAUCCCAGAAAGAAUGCCCUCCCACCGCCAUCCUCCUCCUCAACAGCCCAUCCGCUCAGAAAGGUUCCUCUUCGCCGUCACGCGACAGCACCACCGUCUACAACCGCAACAAACAAUCGUGGCUCUAAUCGAUCAAUACGCUUCUCGGACGACGCGCUCGAGCCCGAGCCCGAGCCCCAGCCCCAACCCCAAAGACGCCGAAGGGCAACCAUGAUGUCAACGCCUCAGCAUCGGCCGCCCCCAGACUCCAUGGCCGACAACGUCCACUCUCAAAACAUAGAGCAGUAUCAUCGGAAGUACGCACACAAGGGUUCAGCAACCCUGCCGUAUUCCCCACCCACCAAGCAUACCCGCCGAGAAUACUCUCCGCCGACGUCUCGGUCGCAGUAUCAGGGACCGUCGGCUAGGUACGCGGAUCCCAGGCUGAAGAAGCAUUCUGGUCGUUCUACUGUUGCUGCUGCCCCUCGGGCAGAGUACGUUUCACCGUGGGAUGACCCGGAUUACAUGCCAGUCAAUGAAGGGGGAUGGGAGAGCAGAAAGGGACCCGGGCGUUCUACUGCUGCUGCUGCGGCGGCGGCGGCGCCUCGUGCGGAGUAUGUCUCGCCGUGGGACAAGUCUGAUUACAUGAUGAUCAAGGAAGGGGGAUGGGAUAAUAAGAAAGAGUUCAUGCAGUGCCACGGGCUAAGCAUGCACGAGCCUAGAGACUUUGAUGAGGCAAAGGAGCUUUUGAAUGAGUAUAGGAGAAGGGACAUGGAGGCAGAGGGUGUGAGGAUGAGGGGUGGGGGUGAUGGGGGAGAGAAGCUCACUGGCUGGGAGGCUCGUGGUCGUAGAGCGACGCGUGGCGGCGGUCCUGCUGCUCAUAAUCACAGCUAUGGCCGUGUUGAGCAAAGGUAUGAUCAGGAUGAUGAGUUCGAUCAGGAGGGCGAUAUGAUUAACCCCAGUGUUGGCAUGGACGGUUGCGGGGACUACAUUGAGGGAAGCGAUGACGGUGGUGAGCGCUAUAUCGACGACGAAUCCAUCAAUGAUGAUGGUGGAUAUGGCAAUAGAAACGGAGGAGGAUGUUAUCUUGACGACAACGCCGACAGGUUCGACACUUACGGACCAGAGCAUGAACAACGACAGGAGUACGACCAUUAUGAACCCCAUGAUAAUUACAGAGAAGAUGAUUUCUACGACAACGGCGGAUAUGAUUCCGAAAGCUGCGUCGACCACGGCGAUUAUGAUAAUGAAGUCUAUGGCGAUGAUGGAAACGGCGAUUGGGACGACGGUAAUGACGAUUAUUAUGUUGAUUAGAGCGUUUUUCCCUUUUGUUCCGAUUAGUUCUUGGAAUCUUCAAGGUCGGAAUUGGGGGAGUUAUUGGAUAUCUGGGUAUGCCCUUCUCUACAGCUAUUAUGGUAAGGAAAGUAGGGCAGGCAAGGCAGCUUAUUAGCUAGGUUAUGUUACAGAUGAUACGGCCGAUACUGUGGAUAGUUAUAGCACAGGUAGACUAUAACGCUGAC